GGUGGAGAGGGAUGGAGGAGGACGGAGCUGCUAGACGGAGCGUUUUGACGCGCUGAGAGGAGGACAGAGCGUCACAUCUCUCCAAACGCCCAUCAAACUUUGAGCCCAGCCUGCAGAGAGGACCCAGUCCUCUGACAGAGGCCUGACAGAGACACCGAGGACACGCUGGAUUCUGGACAAGCGAUGGAGACACUACCGGCGGUGACUUUUGGUUCAGUUUGACCCUGCCGUGAAUUUUCCCUGAAAGAGAAAAAAAAAAAAACAACAGAAAAACAAACAAACAUCUCGUUCAGUUCAUUUCGCCCCUGUUAUUUUUGCGACACAGCGACGGGGAUGGAGCAAGCACCCAGCGCGCCGAGCCCUCCUCCCAAACCGGCCCAUCACGAGCCCAUCAGCUUCGGCAUCGACCAGAUUCUGGGAGGCGGUACGGAGCCGGAGAGCGGGCGCACGGCUGGAAGACAAAGUGGAUCCGAUUUAAGCAGCGGGGACGGUUAUUACAGUUUAGGAAGCCCGACCGGAGCCAGCGCGCCCUCGUACACCGCGCUGUCUAUCUCCCUCUCCGGGAUAAUGCCUCCGGUGGAGGCUUCAGGUUCAUACGGGGAGAGCAGGAGUCUGGGCAGCCGGGGAGUGAUCCGAGUCCCGGCUCACAGACCCAUGACAGCACCGGGACCACCGGCCCCCGUGCAGGGCGCUGUCCCCGGGUUUGGAGGGCUGUGCUUCCCCUGGAUAGGAAACAGGUUCGCCAAGGACAGAAUAUCAGCGGCUCUGGUGCCGUUCGCCGUCACCCGGCGGAUAGGACACCCGUACCAGAACCGGACGCCUCCCAAGCGGAAAAAGCCCCGCACGUCCUUCUCCAGAGUUCAGAUCUGCGAGCUGGAGAAGCGCUUCCACCGGCAGAAGUACCUGGCGAGCGCCGAGCGGGCCGCCCUGGCCAAGAGCCUGAAGAUGACGGACGCGCAGGUCAAAACCUGGUUCCAGAACCGCAGGACCAAGUGGAGGAGACAGACAGCCGAGGAGAGGGAGGCGGAGCGUCAGCAGGCCAAUCGCCUCAUCCUGCAGCUGCAGCAGUCCGCCCUCCAGAAGUCCCUCAGCGAAUCAGCGGUGUCGGAUCCACUGUGCGCCCAUAACUCCUCCCUGUACGCCCUGCAGAACCUCCAACCCUGGGCCGAGGAGAGGGAAUAGAGACCAGGCACCCUGCUCCAAUCACUGGGCAUCAUCUAUGACCCCCUGGGAGGAUAUAGGUGAAAUCAAUUAGACCUACAUGAGGACAGUGGGAUGCACCUUUGAUCCAUGAAAUGGAAGAAAAAAAAAAAAAAAGAAAAAAAAAUUUUGGACCAGAAAAAACUGGAGAGCUGAGCACAGCAGGCGGUUGAGUGGAUGGUUGUGAACAUGGACCUGAACUUGAUGGUGAGUGAAAGCAGAAACUUUCUUUGGAAUAAAUCUUAGGACUCUGUGCUCGGAGGAACAGAGAGACUUUGUUUUUUUUUUCCAAAUCCAAAAAGGAGACAGAACUUUCUCAUUUAAAACAAACAAAAAAAAUCUUGUCACAAUGUGAUUGUGCUGUUAUACUUGUACUUAUUCUUUUUUUUAGAAUAAGACACAGAAAGACAUUUUUUAGCCCUGUAGACCUGAAAGAGGCGACAGAGAAAAACACAACAUGAGUGGUCGUUCUGUUGAAGACUUUUUCCCCCUGAGGCAAAACCUUCAUCUAAUCUGAAACAAACUUUGCUCCACCUUUAAAAAAAAAAGGGGCCAAAUAAAGGUCUUUACUGGGAGUAUUUGCAUAAAAUCAUGUCUCUGAGUUUUAAAUAAAUCUCUCGUUCCAUUAAAAAUACUGAAAACAAAAAUGUCUUCACAAAAAUGCAAAAAAUAAUCUCCCCCCCUCUUUCCAUAAAUCUCAAUUAGAGAUGCCAACUGCAGUCACCUGUACACACACACAGGGUGGUGCAGGAAAAUGAUUCCCCAAAAAGUUUAAAUUACGGAGAAAAAUGCCUUUUUUUUUUUUUUUGCGAGUGGUAAUAAAAGGGGGAAAACAGAUGUCAGGAUUAGAGGGGAGAGAAGUGAGGAAAAUAUGAAAGAGGCUGUAAGUUGGGUAAUAAAGGGAGUGAUGCAUGUUCAGUGACGGUGGUGACUUUUUUUUUUUUUUCAUAUGCACAUUAUCUUUUGCUUUAUUUGUGGGCCGUGUCCUCCGGAGCGGAGGCACGAAUGUACAACUCCUUUUUUUUUUGUACUUUUCAUUGUAUAUGUGUAAAUAACAGUAUAAACCGUUCUUGUGAACCCCUUUUUUCUUUUUUCCAUUCGUGCUCUUUAUGUAGAAAA